AGCCCUUCAACUUGAUGAAGUUUUCCUCUUAACUUUACAUUCAGUGUGGAUCAGCGCCCCGUUCAACAGCAUGGCUCAAAGCAACAAGUGGUGGAUUUUGUGCUCCGUUUCACUCGCCUGUGUCGCCACUUUUGGCUCUUGCAGCAGAGAUAGAGGAGAUGGAAGGAAACCCGAGCUCUUCAUCUUCAAUGAGCUGUGCGCCAUGAAGGACGAUCAAGGGCCUUGCAAGGCCAUUAAGGACAGGUUCUUCUUCAAUGUUGACACGGGACACUGUGAGAUGUUUGAAUAUGGAGGCUGUGGGGGAAAUGCCAACAAUUUCGAAACAUUGGAAGAAUGCGAGGAGAUGUGUGUUGUCUCAGAUCACAAGAACCCGUGUCAUCUACCUGAGGCUCCCGGUCCCUGUCGAGGGCUGAUGUCGCGCUACUUCUUCGAAAGCACAAGUCAACAGUGCAGGCAUUUCUUUUACGGCGGUUGCUUUGGCAAUGCCAACAACUUCAGGAGCAUGGCAGGGUGCCAGGAGAAAUGUCAGAACCCAGUAAAACCCACCAGGGCACCAGACGACCGAAGACAUGCUGCUAGAAAAUCCAGUCCUGUGCAGCCAACCAUCUCAACUGGGGAUAUGACUAUAAGCGAACGUCAGGUGCAACUGAAUGCCACUAAUCAAGGCCCCCCAAAAGAUUUGAAGCCAGCAGAUUCAUGUCUCAGUCCUGUGGAGAGGGGAACCUGUGAUGGCACAGAGAAGAGGUUUGCAUACAACCCCAAGACCAAGAGGUGCCAGGUGUUUGAGUACAGCGGCUGUGGAGGAAACAAGAACAACUUCAUUCAUCGGAGACAUUGCAUUAGGAAGUGCAUUAAAGGCAUAAAGGUUGGUGACAUGCAGAUGAUCCGAAUAAGGAAGAAAAAUAUUGACAACAUUGUGUCCCGCAAUGUCUGAACACUUGGCUCUGCAGUAUAGCCUUCACUACUUUGGAGUCACCUGUAUUUAUGUCUUUUUUUUUUACUUCACUCAUAUCGUAUCUAUCUUGUUUUGUAGUCCUACAAUAUUUGUUUAAAAAUAAAAUCUAAUGCACCUGACUCUGCUUUGUAGUGACCACAUGAGAUUAUCUUUAUUAUUCACAUCAUUUAAUUAUCUCAUUGACAAAGAACAUAUUUGUUUUGCUGAUAUCUAAUAUAGCAACUCAUUACACUGAUGCUCUGUAUAUCUAUACUUUUGUCAUGAAUAUAUUUGUUUUGAAUGUAUUUGUUGUUUUGUUUUUGUUUUUGUUUUUUUCACAUUCAAGGCUUUGUUAUGAUCAUACUGAUAUACAGUUCUUACUGUAAUUUUAAUACCAGAAUGAAUGCUAUUAUAUGCAUAUACUGUACAGUGACUGAUGUUUUUGUUUUUUUCCACAAUGGCUGUGAUAUAACUCCACUAUUUUUAAUCAAUGUGAAAAACAGCAUUAGCAGAUUAAACUGGGGGACAAUCCUUAUUCCAGGAUCAGCGACAACAAUAUAUUGAUAUGUUCUCAAGCAAACACAUCAAUCAAGAUAACCGUGUCCUCACGGGGAUAAAUCAAUGUGAACAAUGCAAUGACUGCUUUACUUUUGUCAGAUUAAACAUGUUUGCUCUUUUUUAAUCAAUAAUAUGCAGAUUCAUAAAUCACUAUUGCAGUCCUACUGGUGUUGUUGGUUAGAUAAAACAGAAGGGGGCAGUGUUGUGUAAAAUAUGUUUUCAGAGAGGCACUCAGCACUGGAUGCACUUGGCUGCACAGUAUUUGCUUCAGUGUCUUGUUUUAUAACUUUGGCUGUAAUGAUUUGGACUUAAAUAAUAAAUAUCAAUUAUCAGA